AAAUUUUACAUCGACAUGCAACUUGAUAAGCUGAAAAUUUUAGUAAUCGGGCCCUCAGACAGUGGAAAAACAUCUAUAGCUAAUUUUUUAUCAGAAUCAAUUAAUGUCGAAGAAGCUAACAAUCCUAGACCAACCCAAGGUGUCCGUAUUGUUGAAUUCGUACUUUCACAUCUAAAUGUAAACGAAAAGCAACAUAAAGUUGAUAUUGAAAUGUGGGACUGCAGUGGUGACCAUAAGUUCGAAUCCUGCUGGCCUGCACUUCGUCUGCGUGUCCAAGGAGUUAUACUAGUUUGCUCAUCCAACACCGUAAAUGUAGCAGCGAGGGAAUUGGAACUUCUGUACAACUACUUUGUAAGCCAAGCCAAAUUGUCAGCAAAGCAAUGUGUGGUAUUCUACAACUGUCCCGAUGAUCAAGAGGACACGGACUCGUUGAAUCUAUCUUCUACUUUUUCGAAAGUAUCUCAAGUUGCUGUUAAUUUGAAAUCGGGAGGAAACAGGUUAAAAAUAGAUUUUUCUAAUUACGUCACCUCAAUUUUACAGACAUUAUAA